AUGCUCUCGAACAUAACUUAUUUCAAGAAGUCCGACGACAGUCCGGCCGUCACUGAGGCCCAGUUGAAAAUGCGUAGGCACACGUACGACUCCGAGGAACCGGCGGCCACUAGUUUCGAAUCGGCCGAGCCCGAUUCCACGUCUCGCCAAUGCACCAGCCUGAACAUACCGGACUCUGUGAAAAAGUUUGCGGCCAAGAAAGCGUCGUUAUCCGACACAGACCUCCUGUCGAUAAACGUUGAUGCGCCCAUUAGGCACAGGCGUAGGCGAUGCAAAAAGCUUAAGUUGGAUGUGAAAAAGGCCAGUCAAUCGAUGAGUGAAAGGUUGAACCAUUCCCAAGACGAUGAUAGUUACAGCUCUAAUGUAGAAAACACGCCAAAACAUAUCCUAUUAGAGUGCGUUAGCUCCGACAUCUUCACUGAAAAGAUGAAGGGAUUUGAUUUCAGCAAAUCAUUCGAUAUGUAUGAUGGCACAUCAGAUGACCAACUCUCGUCGCCAUUUGAGGAGGAGAACCUCGAUAUAGAAUCACUCUCAGAUCAUUCUAACAGUGAUAUUUCUAAUGCGUCCAAAAAAAAGAAGUCAAUAAAAAUGUGUCGCAAAGUUGAGGCAUUAGAGACUGGUUCUAGCACUGAAGAAAACAAUUUGGCACCGUCUGCAACACCGGACUCUUUCGGGGAUCUUGAAGUUGAUAAAAGCGAUGAGAGCAGAAUGCAAUUGCUCCUUGAUUAUCAAAUUAAGCUUGAAAAAAUCGAGUGUUUGCUCAAAAAUAUGUUAAAUGAAUUCCAAUUUCACAUUGAGGUGUCCAAAAUUUUUAACAGCAGGACUAUCCCUAAAGAUAUAUUAAAAAGCAACAACACAAAUGAGUCUGAGGGUCAUAAUAAUGGGACUAAAGUUCAAAGAGUAAGUCCAACAGAUUCUUGGAGCAUAAUUAUGGACAAGGAGCAUGACCAGACGAAAAUAACCGUGAAAAAGCAGCUAGAGUCAAUUAAGCACUCAAUUGAAGAUUUCAUUAACAUGUACCUGCAGAGUUGCAAGGAUGACGCAAAGCGGAGGAAAUGUAGAAAAUACCUCGCCCAUAGUCAGAGGAGCGAAACAUUCGACAUUCAUAAAGGCCAGCGCUAUGUACCCAAGCGUGUUCACAUGACCAAUAAGAAGAGAAUCAAGCACUAUGACUUCCCUGAUUUGAGGGAAGCAAUGAUCAAUCUGUUCUACCCAGAUGCUGAUGAAACAUCAAUGAGCAAUUUAACGUCGAGCGACUCCGACGAGUCUAUGUCGUCCAAAUGCGGUUGCCAAUGUCAUCACCAUGUUUCUUCAUCCUCCCACACAGAUUCAGGCCUGAGUGGCAAAACCGACGAGAGGUCUGUUUCAAACCAAUCUAUAACAUCGUCAAUCGGUAACUUCAGCUUAGAUACCUCCACACUAACGGCUUAUUCGGAAUCACUAGACCAGAUCCUGAGCUUCAGUAGCUUCCAAGAGGGGGGCUUGUUUGCCAUGAUGCUGCAGAAAACGGCGAUUGAAAGGAUUACAUUUUACGUUCAAGUCCACAGUAUACAGUUGAAGUGUGAUGAAACGGAACACGAUAUUGAAACCAAAAGCACAAUGACAUUCCACUGCCCAUCUUGCAAAAAGACAGAGGACGACGAAAACAACCUCAUGAAGCACAUUCUGAGCCAAGCUCAUUGCGAGAAGAUCCAUUUUCAAUACAAGACAGCAUAUAUUAAGAAGUGUGUGUCAGCUGGAAAGGAAAUUCAGCCCAGUACCGUGUUAAACCCUAUGAGGAUGUAUAGAGACGACAAUAAAAUUGUAUGCUUCGGUGAUGCUAUGUAUGCUUGCACUUUGUGCCUCGAGAAUUUGAUUGUUGGAGAGUCUGUGCUGAUGGCUCACUGUGCUGAGAAGGAACAUGUUGAGAGACGCGAGAAGCUUGGCGAAAUUCUAGAG